AUUUAAUAAUAUAAAAAGGCAGCUUCCACCCCUACAAGAGAUCCAGAUGAGAUGCAGGCAAAAUGGCAGAGUAUGAUAAAUCAUGUACAGGACAUACAUGAACACAGCACUCCUGCAUUUACCAGCUGCACACAUCCACCGUUAGAAGGAGAGGCAAGAAACAAGGAGUGGCUGGAACCAGGUACAACAUAGUAGCCUAUGUUAAAAGAUGUCAAAUGUUUUGAGGCUAAACUUUUUUCAGUGCUUGUUAAGUUUAGUUUGGUUUUAUCAAUACGUAACCCCAUGUGUACUAAUAAUUACUUGUGUUAUGAAAUGCGACAGACUAUAUGACAGAAUGUUUUAUUCAGGAUCACCAGCAGCCACUAAACUGGAGAGUGUAGCUGCCUGGAAAGCACUGGUAAAGGAUAUUCGACAAUUGUCACCUCAGCAUCAGACAUUCUCCCUGGAGGCCUACCAUUCCCUCAUUCUGCACUUUGCUCCCAAACACACUGGCUUUUCUUUUCUUGGGAUGUACAGCAGACUUCUCUUAGCGGCCCUACAUUUCAAUAAUAAUGGCAACAGAGAUGUAGCUCGAACCAGUGAGGGUGAGGCACGCUAUGCCGUUCACUACCCGCGGUUUCGGAAAGGUGGCUGGGUAGUCAGACCCAUCAAGGAGAAACCAUCUUACGGAUAUGCAACAAAUCUUAUGGUCUCUCUGGUAGAGGAAUACUGCAAGUCACCACAGGCCCUACAAGAAAGCAGUGCUGUCUUGUCCUCUGCUGCACCGCCCCCCUCACCUCUUCCCUCCAGAAGGUUUCCAAGGAUGAGGCAGUCAGCCUCCAUCUUGCACGACACUCACUUUUUAACAUGUAAUAAAAGAUAAAUUUUACCAGUACAGUUUGUUUCACUGUUGAUUUAUUAAUCGUCUUCCAAGCGGGGCCACUGGAAACCUUUGUAUGUUUGUCCCUCCUCUGCAAACUGCCUCCUUAUUGCUGACACAACACAUGAAGGUAUGGCUUUCCUAAUGUUCCUGCCUAGUAUCCCGUACGCCCAGCGGACAA